AUGAACACUCAAACCUUCUAUUUCCUGCUACAAAAAUGUGGGAGCCUUGAGAAGCUGAAGCAAAUCCAUGGAAAGGCAGUAACUUUAGGAUUACUCUGCAGCAAACGCCAGCACUUGGCCUGCAAAUUACUCAACACCUACACCCAACUGGGCAGCCCAGUCGAUGCCCAGAAGGUUUUCAACCACAUUCAAAACCCAGAUAUAGUCUCAUGGACAUGUCUAAUUUCUCUCUAUUUGCACACUUCUCAGCCAUGCAAAGCCUUCUCUAUCUUCUCCCACUUGUUUCACAGUGGCCUCAGGCCUGAUAGCUUCUGUGUUGUCGGAGCUGUAUCUGCUUGCGGCCAUAGGAAAGAUCUGAGUAAUGGAAGAAUAGUUCAUGGGAUGGUUUUUAGAUUUGAGUUGGGUUCAGACCCCAUUGUGGGCAAUGCGUUGAUUGAUAUGUAUAGCAGAAGUGGUGCAAUUGAGGUGGCCUGUUCAGUGUUCAAGACCAUGGAAAUUAAGGAUGUGUCUUCUUGGACCAGUUUGCUUAAUGGGUUUAUCAAGUGCAAUGAUAUUGAGGCUGCUCGUCGAAUAUUCGAUGAAAUGCCGAUGAGGAACUCGGUUUCUUGGACUGCAAUGAUCACCGGGUACGUUCAGGGUGAGGUCCCGAUUCCAGGGUUGGAACUGUUUCAGGAAAUGAGAGCAGAAGGGAAGGAUUGGCCUACUGUGAUCACCAUAGUGGCUGUUCUUUCGGGUUGUGCUGAUAUUGGGGCAUUUGAUCUUGGAAGCUCUGUUCAUGGUUAUGUUAACAAAACCAAUCUAGAUUUGGAUGUCACUGUGAACAAUGCUCUGAUGGAUAUGUACGCAAAGAGUGGUGCCCUUGUGUUGGCUCUGAAGAUCUUCCAGGAGAUGCCUAAAAGGGAUGUGUUUUCAUGGACUACCAUGAUUUCUGGGCUUGCCCUUCAUGGGAAAGGGACGCAUGCACUUGAGGCUUUUUCAGACAUGUCAAAGUCAGGCGUUGUGCCUAAUGAGGUUACACUUUUGUCGGUUCUAUCAGCUUGUAGCCAUGCAGGACUGGUUGUCGAGGGCCGGAGCUUGUUCCAGAAGAUGGUUCAGUGCCAUGGAAUUAAGCCCAAGAUUCAGCACUAUGGGUGUAUGGUGGAUCUUCUUGGCCGAGCAGGGCUUUUGAGAGAAGCAAAAGAGUUAAUUGAGCAUAUGCCCAUUAAACCCGAUUCUGUGAUCUGGAGAUCGCUGCUUAGUGCUUGUUUAGUUCAUGGAAAUUUGGCAUUGGCUGAAAUGGCAGGGAAAAUGAUAAUUGAAUUAGAACCAGAUGAUGAUGGGGUGUAUAUACUUCUAUGGAAUAUCUAUUGUUCUGCAAGUAGGUGGGAGGAUGCACUGAAGGCAAGAAAGGCGAUGAGGGACCGAAGGGUUAAGAAAAAACCCGGAUGUAGUUGGGUUGAGGUGAAUGGUGUUGUUCAUGAAUUCCUUGCAGAAGACGCAGUUCAUUGCAUCCGUGCAGACGUUUAUACUGUUCUUGAAGCGAUCACAGAGCAGAUGAAGGAUUUGGACAAAUAA